AUGAACUGCACAAGAUCGGACAUAGCGUAUUCUAUCAGCAAGUUGGGUAGAUACACUAGUAAUCCAGGGGAAGACCAUUGGAAGGAAUUAGUUAGGAUUUUGAGGAAUUUGAACUACAUCCUAAACUAUGGAUUGCACUACACUCGGUAUCCAGCUGUACUAGAAGGGUAUAGUGAUGCUAAUUGGAUAUUCAACACAAAAGACACAAAAUUCAUGAAUGGAUAUGUCUUUACCCUUGGUGGUGCAGCUGUAUCUUGGAAGUCUUCUGAACAAACAUGCAUUGCUAGGUUCACAAUGGAAUCAAAAUUUAUUGCAUUGGAAAAAGUAGGAGAAGUUCGUCCUAGAGGAUAUGCCAAUGUGGAUGAAACCUGUGCCUUCUAUUUGUAUACAUUGUGA